UGUUUGAUUAGUGAUUACCGAAAUGUCCAAAACUGUAAUUUCAAUUUUUUGGUAUAGUUAAUAAUUACUAAUUACAGUCAUGGCUAUGGUAGUAUGAUGUUAUUAAUCUUAUAAAUUAAAAUAUACUUUGGCCAUUUUUACAGUAUUACUAAUAAUACAUAGUGUUUAUUAAUUUAUUAUUUUUAAAUUUGUUGAAGUAAUAUUUAGUACGCAGUAAACUGAUAUUUUUAUUGUAAAACUUACCUAACUUGCUGGAAGUCAUACAUCAUGUCUGUUAGUAAAUUUCGAGAAGAAUUGAAAAAUAUUCUUAAGGAACCAAGUACUACAACAAUUACUUCUAUUAAAAAAAUUGUACAGGAAAAUAAUUAUUUCAGUCUUAGUGAUGCAGAUAGACGUUCAAUUUUAGAUCAAGUAUUAAGAUGUUAUGUUUUAGACAUAGUAUUAUCAAAGCCAUCAAAUUUAUAUGAUGUUUGUAAUAUGUGGACAUCAUUUACAAUUGAUCUUGUACGGAAUGAAAUGUGUACUGCUAUUAUGCCAGUAGUUAUAUUAUCAGAUAUGUUUGAUGUAACCACAAUGGAUGUUUGUGAAAAAAUGUUUGAUCAUGUGGAAUCUAAUGUAAACGUUCUUAAAGAGCCCCAAUUUUUUAUGGCAUGCAAGAACAAUUUAUUACGAAUGUGCAAUGAUCUUUUACGGCGAUUAUCUAGAUCACGGAAUACAGUAUUUUGUGGGCGUAUAUUAUUAUUUUUAGCCAAGUUUUUUCCUUUUUCUGAACGAUCAGGUCUAAAUAUUGUAAGUGAAUUUAAUUUAGAGAAUGUAACUGAAUAUUUAGAUGAAAACCAUUUUGAUCAAACUGAAGAUAUGCAAGAAGAUUCAAUUCCUGAAGAUGAAGCUAAAUCAGAUAUUAUAAUUGAAAAAGUGAAUGUUGAUAAAAAUCUAUACUUAAAAUUUUGGUCAUUGCAAGAUUACUUUAGGAAUCCUAAUCAAUGUUACAAAGCUGAACAUUGGAAAUUGUUUAUCUCUCAUACAGAUUUCAUUUUUUCAACUUUUCAAAGUCAUAAAUUGGAACAUGUUAAUAGAAUGGAUAAUGAAAGUGUUGAACAAAAUAUGCAUUACUUUCCAAAAUACUUGACAAAUCAAAAAUUAUUAGAAUUGCAAUUAAGUGAUGUAAAUUUUAGGCGUUAUAUUCUUUUACAAUUCUUAUUGCUUUUCCAGUAUUUGGACGCUCCUGUAAAAUUUAAACUUGAUAAUUUCAAGAUUAAACCAGAACAACAAGAAUGGAUUAAAAAUUCUAUUACCACUAUUUAUGAAUUAAUUAAUAAUACACCACCUGAUGGUGUCAGAUUUUCUGAAGUAGUAAAAAAUAUAUUACAGAGAGAAGAACAAUGGAAUAAAUGGAAAAAUGAUGGUUGCCCAGAAGUAACAAAAAGACCACCUACUAGUGAUCAAACUGAUAUGCCUGCACCCAAACGAAGACUUCGAAGAAAUUUAGGGGAUGUUAUAAAAAACAUGACUGCUAAUAAUAAAGUGUUUCUUGGAGACCCUGAAUUAACAAAACUAUGGAAUUUAAAGCCAGAUAAUUUAGAAGCUUGUAAAGGACCAGAACGAGAUUUUUUACCAUCAUUUGAUUCAUUUUUCCAGGAAGCAUUUGAGCAAUUGGAUCCAGAAUUGUGUAUUGAAAAUCAAUACAAAAAAGUAAAUGAUGGCAAUUUUGGAUGGCGUGCACUAAGAUUGUUAGCUCGUAAAAGUCCACAUUUUUUUGCUCAAAGUAAUAAUCCUAUUCAUAAAUUAUCUGAGUACCUAGAAAAUAUGAUUAAAAAAACAAUGAGUAAAGAAAAAGUAUCUAUCAACCAAGGUUCAGAUAAACGUGUAUCACCAAAUAAAGAAUUUAAAAAAGAAUCUGUUAUUGAAUCUGAAGAAGUUGAUAUCGCUGAAGGUAUUCAAGAUGAGAAUGAAAAUGAAAAUAAUAUAGAAGUGGAAGAUAAAAAUAAGAUUUCUAAACAAAUUAUUGAUCAAGUUGCUGCUAAAAUAGGUGAAAAAUGGAAUGUACUUGCUGAAAAACUUGGUUACCAACCAGAUGAGAUUGAAUUUGUGAAAACAAUAAAAACUACACCUUUAGAUCAAGCCACAUAUUUGCUGGAAGUGUGGGUUGAAGAUGCAGAAAAUCCCAAGCCUGAAAAUCUUAUUUAUAUUUUGGAAGAGAUUCAAUUAACUGAAGCAGCAAAUAUCCUUAAGUCUUAAUAAGCGAUUUAAAUAUUAUAAUAUUGUAUACUGAAAUUACUAUGUUCAAUGUAAUUUUGUGUUUAAAAGACUUAAGAAAUAAUUAAAUUAUAUUUAUUUUUAAUUUAAUUAAUAAACAUAUGUUUUAAAUCUA